AGAUUUGUUGGUGGCAAAAUGAGAAUUCUUCUAGUGCUUUUUCCAAUUUUCUUAAAGUUUUCUGAUUCCUGUGCUCCUACAAGUACUACAACGCCAAUAGUAUGUCCGUGCACAACAUCAGAAGUCGAACUGCUCAACAGAAUUGAUGGAAGCCCUGAAGGAACAGAAAGUAUUCAGCCAGUGGGAUCUGUCACCACCGCCGAUUCAAAUGGAUGCCCGACCGUCUACUCGAUCACUUGCAACCCUCCUGACACAAACCCUACGGCAACAGUCUCAAUGAUGUUCCAGGACCAAAUCAGUGGACCAAUUACAGGACCCACACUUAGUUUAACAUGUACUGAUGGCAAUUGGCUAUACCUGGAUGAGUUUAAUGGACAGACAUUGGUAGUCUCGGUUUCGUGCCAGUGGAGUCCGUAGGAUGGUAGUUCAGUCGUGCAGUUUUAGAAGAAUAUAAAAAUUAAAACAAAAUUACCGGUUCCUACAUAGUGGCAGUUUCCUUUGAAAAAUUGCUCAUUUAUUAAACAUUUUAUUUACUCAAGGUUUUAUUAAGUUAAUAAACGUUUUGUGGCUUGACAA